AUGAACAAAAUGUUUUCUUCAGCAACUAAGUUCUCUGUGGAUGGCAAGGGAGGUCCCAAUGUUGAAGACUUGGAAAUCAGGCCAGGAGGAAUGUUGGUGCAAAAGCGCAAUGCAGAGAUGAAUCCCAGUUCUGUUUCAAUCCCCCCAAUCAAAGUUAGAGUGAAGUAUGGCUCUUCAUACCACGAAAUUCGUAUAAGUCCCCAAGCAAGCUUUGGGGAGUUGAAGAAAAUGUUGGCAGAACCGACUAAAUUGCAUCAUCUGGAUCAGAAGCUGAUAUUCAAAAACAAAGAGAGAGACUCCAAAGAAUAUCUUGAUGUGGCAAGAGUUAAAGAUGGAUCAAAAAUUGUGUUGGAGGAGGACAUUGUGAGUAGAGAAAGGAGGUGCGUGGAGUUGCUCAGAAAUGCAAAUGCAGAGAAGUCUUCCAAAUCCUUAGCAGAGAUCAACUUGGAAGUGGACAAGCUUGCUGGCCAGGUCACAGCUUUGGAAGCAACAGCUUCUACAGGUGGGAAAGUUGCAGAGACUGAUGUGGACAAUUUGACUGAACUUCUGAUGAUGAAGUUAAUUAAACUGGAUGGUAUUGUUGCAGAGGGAGAUUUAAAGUUGCAGAGAAGACUGCAGGUGAAAAGAGUUCAGAAGUACAUAGGAAUUCUGGAUAUGUUAAAGUAUCAAAGUUCCAAAUCCAGCAGCAAUGGAUCUAAAAUCCAAUUGCAGCAACAAGAAAACCCAUUUGGCCACAUGUCAAGGGACUCAAAGCCAGUUCAGAAACAACGAGCGCCAUCGAAGCCAGAAAAAUCUGUUCGCACAAUUCCGGCGCAGCAGCAACCACAGAAGCAAUCUGAGUCAGUUGUGGUUACAACAAAAUGGGAGACUUUUGAUUAA